UCUUUCCAAUGGUAAAUUUGUUAAGUUGAAAUAAAACAAACCACGGGAGUCACAUAUGCUUGUGAGUGAAUAAAAUUUUGUCUAAAUCUCGGGACAAUAAAGGGAAGAGGAGUUUACCCUGAUGAUCAUGCGCAGCGGUGAGAAUCGAUCGCCGGAGAUCUCGGUGACGGAGGCAGAGAAAUCGUAAUCCGGUGGUGAGAAACAAACUACGAAGCUGAUUUUUCCCUGACGGAUGAUUAUGCGCAGCGAUUUCGGUGACGGAGGUAGAGAUAUCAGAUCCGCGUGAUGCUAUCAUAGUUUGAAACUGUGUUAAAACAGACACACAUAACAAAGUCAGCGGAAGUUGAAGAAGAAGAGAAGGGAAAUCUUCAACACAAACAAUGCUCUGAUUGCAAGAAGAUAAUUCAAUCAACUUAGAUAUCUCACUGUUCGUCUUCUAUCUAUCCAUCAACAUUGUGUAGUGCCUUUAUGAGAUCCAACAAUGAACCAGAGAAAACAUCAAAUAUCAUCAGUUAUCUCUUGUUGAUGCAAGACCAUAGUGACCGUGACAUGAUCCGUCUCGCCUUCUGUCUAGAUUCCGUGAUGCGUUCCAUGAUCAACUGUGUUACACGAAGAGAAAUAGAAGAUCUGAGAAGGACAUUUUUCAAAAAUCCUGUCGUUUUCACUGCAAAGGCCAUGAUCCCUUUGUAUAAUGUCAGGAAUCGAAACGGUUUCUUCCGUGACGCUACGUCAAACCAGAUCCUCAGUGCCUCAUCUAUCUUUUCAGGGGCAUUUUUAGAUGCUAAGCAUAGGAAGAUCUUACCUGAUGAAUGA